AUGGCCGAUCCCGGUGGUGAUGCUCCGCCUCCCGCAUCGACGGAGUACCUGCUGAAGAAGUACCUGCUGCUGCUGGCCACCCUGGUGGCGACGGUGACCUACGUGGCGGGGCUGAACCUGCCGGGGGGGUCCUGGCUGGUGGACGACGCGUCGGCAGGGGAGGUGGCCGGCGACUCCAUCCUCCGGGAGACCAACUACUGGCGGUACAUCCUCUUCUACUACUUCAACGCCAUCUCCUUCUCCGCGUCGCUUCUGCUCGGCCUCCUCGUCCUCUUGCUACAGAAAGAAGGGAGCAGGGGGUACCUGCUCCGCAUGUGGACGGUGAUGCUCGUCGACGGGCUCAGCCUCAUGGGCGCCUACGCCGCCGGGAUCAGCCACGACAGGUUCACCACCAUCUGCGCCUCCGUGCUGGUGUCCGGCGCCGCCGCCUACGGGGCCAUCGCCUUUGCGACGUACGUCGUACGCAGGAACAAAACCACCACCGAGAAGCUGGAGAAGAAGCACGAGAUCCUGCUGGUGCUCGCCAUCUUCGGCGCCACCAUCGCGUACGUGGCCGGGAUGAACCCGCCCGGUGGCUUCUGGCGGAACACCGUGGAGGGCCACCACGCCGCCGGAGACCCGGUGCUGCAGCACCUCCAUCCCCACCGCUACAAGGCUUUCUUCUUCUGCAACACCACCGCCUUCGUCGCGUCCCUGCUCGCCAUUAUGAUCGUCGUCGACCACGAGAAGCUCGACACCACCUUGAGAAAUAGUAGGCUGGUGACGCUGUAUGGCUUCAUCAUCCUAGCGCUCUUGGGCCUCGGGGGCUCCUACGCCGCCGGGAGCUGUAGGGACGGCACCCACACCGCCCUUGUUGUUGCCCUAGGUAUCCCAGUUGUUGUCUUGAUGUGCCUCCAGCAUGCUCUCCAACAUCGCAUGCAAGCACUCGUCAAAUACUCCAGUAAGCUCGGGCCCUUCAGUUGGAUCGCCGACAAAACCCAAGACCUGGAUAAGACCCGUGAAUAUAUUCAGUUGCUUGCCACUCUUGUUGCGACCGUGGCUUACACAGCAGGACUAGAUCCACCUGGCGGCGUCUGGGCAGCCAACGGAGAGGGUCACAAUGUGGGAGACCCAAUCCUCCUGACAACACACCCCGGGCGGUACAAGGUCUUCUUCUACUUCAACUCGGCGGCCUUCGUGGCAUCGCUGGUCAUCAUCGUCAUGCUGCAGAGCGCGAAGCUCGUGAGAGGCCACGCGCUGGAGGCGGCCUUGAUCCUGGACUUCUUUGGCCUCAUCGGCGCGUACGCCGCCGGAAGCAGCAGGGACACCAGCACCUCCAUCUACACGCUCGCCAUCGCCGGCGGCGUGCUCAUCUACGUCGUCAUCCACAUCGCCUUCUGCACGCUGGAACCCAGCAGCAAGCCUACUGCCGCCCGGAGCAGCGAUGAAGAUCACAAGCGAUAUGAAGCUAAGAAGAAUGCUAAUCUGAAGAAGAAGCGCGAGAUGCUGCUGCUGCUUGCAAUCUUGGCUGCCACACUCGCCUACCAGGCCGGCCUGACCCCGCCGGGUGGCCUGUGGGAGGAAGACGACGACAGGCUCCGCCACCGUGCGGGCUUCCCGGUCCUCCAAGACAAGUACCCUCGGCGUUACAUGGCCUUCUUCUACUGCAACGCGGCGAGCUUCAUGGCGUCCAUGGCCCUCAUCAUCCUCCUCCUGAACGAGAACCUGUACAAGCCGGGCAUACGGUGCUACGCGCUGUAUGUCUGCAUGGUGGUCGGCAUGUUUGCUCUCAUGGGUGCCUACGCCGCUGGAAGCUCCCUGCAUCUUCGAACCUCCAUCAUUUUCUUGGCAUCCGUUGCUGCAGGUAUUGCCAUUGUAAUCGGCGUGGCAAUCAACCGUUAUCGACAUCAAGGACAAGAACAAGAGUCCCCAUUCUCAAAAAAUGACGACGAGGAAAACAAGACUAAAGAGGAUGAAGAAGACAUGGCUUACUACCUGAUGCUGGUAGGGAUCUUGGCUGCCAGUGUGACCUACCUGACGGGCCUGAAACCACCUGGUGGCAUGUGGAGGGACGACGGCGACGGACACUCGGCUGGCAACCCGGUCCUCUACGACACCAACAAGCGGCGGUACAAUGUCUUCUUCUACAGCAACUCUACUUCCUUCAUGGCGUCCAUCAUGGUCAUCGCCUUGCUGCUGUCACGGAUGAUGCUGCCGCAAAUAUCAUCUCUCCGGCGGGUGCACGCAGCCGUUGUGAUGGACGUGCUCGCCCUCCUGGUAGCCUACGCAGCAGGCAGCUCUCGGGAGUCUCGCAGAUCCUGGAAGGUCAUCAUGCUCUUCCCCAUUGUCGUCUUUGUUGUCUUCCUCUUCUACAUCUCCAUGAAAAGACAACGUAGUCCGCCACCGCCCCCUCCAAUAACGGCCCCUCAAAUAACUCAGUCCGUUUAA